AUGGCCGCCUCGUAUUACUUUGCGCGCCAGAUUGGCUGCGGCAACUGGGCAUCUGUCUGGAUCGUCCAGCCCAAAGGCUCAGCUCGUGGCCAGGUCAAGGCCAUGAAGAUUGUUCAUCGCGCCAGUCAGAGUGGCGCCUUGCAGCGCUUCAAUGCCCUGCUCAAUGAGUACAAGGUCCUCGCUGGCAUGCCUCGCCAUCCCAACAUCGUCUGCUUCGAAGACCUGGUCCUCAGCCCUUCCUACGCUUGCUUGGUCAUGCCAUUCUACGACCAGCCCAUGACCGUCUGCUUGCCCUUCGCGGCUUGUCGCGUGUACUUUGCUCGGAUGGCAGAGGCCGUCGAGUGGCUGCACAAGCACUACAUUACGCACAACGACCUCAAGCUCGCCAAUACCCUCGUCAACCGCGGCGCUGGAGAGCCAUACGGCCAACCUGUCCUCGUCGACUUUGGCUUCGCGCGCAACCAUCAGCCCUGCUACGGCACCAACUUCAUUUCCAACGAGUCGUGGGGCACGCCAGAGUACCUCAGCCCCGAGCGUUCCGUCGGCGACGCUCACGAUGAGCGACUGAGCGAUAUCUGGGCUCUGGGUGUCUCCUUCUUUGAGAUGGCCACAGGUCGCACUCCCUUCGAAAAGAAGAAUGAAGUCUUCACAACCCCUGAGGCACGCGAAGAAUAUUACCGUCGCACCAUCCAGGGCAAGUGGUACACCGACUACGAUUUACCCUUCGAGAUUGAGGACUUGUGCCGCGCCAUCGUCAGGGUGGACCCGCAGGCCAGACCGAGGAUCCCCGAGAUACUUGAGCACGACUUCUUUCAAGACGCGGCGGCUACCGACUCUGCUGGAAGCUCACCUCGCAGCAUC